AUGACACUGUGGAUAACCGUGUAUAACCCCCCCGUCAGUGAUGUCACCGUUGACGACACCGUGUAUAACUCUCCCCCCGUCAGUGACGACACCGUGUAUAACCCUCCCCCCGUCAGUGACGACACCGUGUAUAACUCUCCGCCCGUCAGUGACGACACCAUGUAUAACCCUCCCCUGAUGACACCGUGUAUAACCCUCCCCGUCAGUGAUGACACCGUGUAUAACCCUCCCCCUGUCAGUGAUGACACUGUGUAUAACCCUCCCCCCGUCAGUGACGACACUGUGUAUAACCCUCCCCCUGUCAGUGACGACACCGUGUAUAACCCUCCCCCCGUCAGUGACGACACCGUGUAUAACCCUCCCCCUGUCAGUGAUGACACCGUGUAUAACCCUCCCCCCAUCAGUGAUGACACCGUUGAUGACACCAUGUAUAACCCUCCCCCUGUCAGUGAUGACACCAUGUAUAACCCUCCCCCUGACAACACCAUGAAUAACCCUCCCCCCGUCAGUGAUGACACGGUGUAUAACCCUCCCCCUGUCAGUGAUGACACCAUGUAUAACCCUCCCCCUGUCAGUGAUGACACCAUGUAUAACCCUCCCCCUGUCAGUGAUGACACCGUGUAUAACCCUCCCCCCCAUCAUGACAACACCAUGAAUAACCCUCCCCCCAUCAGUGAUGACACGGUGUAUAACCCUCCCCCUGUCAGUGAUGACACCAUGUAUAACCCUCCCCCUGUCAGUGAUGACACCAUGUAUAACCCUCCCCCCGUCAGUGAUGACACCAUGUAUAACCCUCCCCCCGUCAGUGAUGACACCAUGUAUAACCCUCCCCCCGUCAGUGACGACACCAUGUAUAACCCUCCCCCCGUCAGUGACGACACCAUGUAUAACCCUCCCCCCGUCAGUGACGACACCAUGUAUAACCCUCCCCCCGUCAGUGACGACACCAUGUAUAACCCUCCCCCCGUCAGUGACGACACCAUGUAUAACCCUCCCCCCGUCAGUGACGACACCAUGUAUAACCCUCCCCCUGUCAGUGAUGACACCGUGUAA